AUGGAGUCGUCCCUGACUGUUGCAGAAGUAUGGAGGGCUAGGAGUGAAUCCAGCCCCUCGCCACAACGGCCAUCCCGUGACACCAUGGGAUUUAGCCACAUCAAGCGAGCCUUCCUCUCCGAUCUUGUUCAGGGAGAGGAACAGAGUGAGAAUGCAAUGCAGGUUCUGCUCAUCGCACAAGGUUUGGCCAAAGUGGUGCCCUCACCAGAAGCCCACAUCCCUUCGGAUGAUGAUGAUGGUGAUGAUGAUGAUGAUGAUGUUGUUGCGAGUGAUGUUGAGUCUGCAGACAUCAUUGAGGAUGCUGUGGUUUUGCCUCGUUCGGAAGUCAUUGUGCCGCCAGAGCGAGACUGGCGGUGGUGGGGCAUCCAACGCUACAGUGCCGUUGCCGUGAGUGCGUUGAGUGGUGCUGCUAUAGCGAGUUCUAUGAAACGUGGCCUGGGCCCCAUAAUCCGUGUCUUGGGCAGUGGGCUGCUCGUCACCCAGCUGCUAUGUUCCUUUGGAUACGCAGAUGUUUACUGGAAGUGUCUCCUGAAGGAUAUCUGGAGGAUAGGGGAACGUAGGCCUGAGAACGGUCUCUUUGCUGCGGUGUUUGACAUCGUCGCAGGCUCCUUUGGAAGGAAAUUAGCGCUGUUGUGUGGAUUUGCCGGAGGAUUGUUUAUCUCUUAG